CCAAAUUUUCUCCCUCUAUAGGAAGGGGCAAAAUCUCUCCACCGUCGCUGUAAAUUUACAAAGCCUACCUUUCCUCUGUCCGUACAAUCCCCUCACAACGCCAUUGUUACAACUUAUAUCCCCUCCCCCUCCGCAAAUCUUUUGUUUUAUUGGACCAAAAAAGAGCUAAUAAAAUGGCGGGUGGGCGAGAAGUAGCAAUAUCACUAGAUGGUGUGAGGGACAAGAACGUGAUGCAGUUAAAGAAGCUCAACACUGCUAUCUUCCCUGUUCGUUACAACGAAAAGUACUACGCCGAUGCUCUGGCUUCCGGCGAAUUCACCAAGCUUGCAUAUUACAGUGAUAUCUGUGUUGGAUCAAUUGCUUGUCGGCUGGAAAAGAAGGAAGGUGGGGCCAUCUGUGUGUACAUCAUGACAUUGGGUGUUUUAGCACCAUAUCGGGGCCUAGGAAUUGGUACAAAGCUAUUGAACCAUGUUCUUGAGCUUUGUUUGAAGCAACACAUACCGGAAAUCUAUUUGCAUGUUCAGACAAACAACGAAGAUGCCAUCAAGUUCUAUAAGAAAUUCGGAUUUGAAAUCACGGAGACUAUCAAGAACUAUUACACAAACAUUGACCCUCCCGAUUGCUUUGUUCUUACCAAGUUCGUCGCUCCAUCACAAGAGAAGAAAUAACAAUUCAAAGCUAGUACUGUUCUCGGAAGGGCAUUAUUUAUUGUUGUGGCAUUGAAUUUGAUCAGUUCCUAUACAUUUGGGAAUUAUUUUGAUGAUAAGGAUGCUGUAAUGCACGAAUGGCAUGAGUUAUGGCAUUAAUGAGUCGUGAUUUG